GUUUUUUAUGUUUAUACGAAUCACAAUUGUGAUUACAAUGUUAUGCCGGUGAUCUCUUGUUGAUUGUAAUACAAACUCACCUUUUACAUUGAGAGCAAUAAUACGAAUAUACGAUGGACGAGGCUUUGACAACACCACCUACAUUUCAACUGAAUUUUUCUAAACAAAUAUAUUGUAUUGAAUUAUCUCCUUAUGAAUGGUCUCAACAUUUAAUUUGUAUUGCUCUAGCGGAAGAAAUUGUUAUUGGUACUAUUAAAUUUCAGGAUGAGGACGAAGCAGUAGAAGAUAUGGCUUAUAAUCCUAUUAGAACGUUUCGUCAUGAUACUAGACCACAUGCUAUUGCUUGGAGUCCAGAAACCUGUUUAAGUGUUGUACCAAAAGUUUUAAUGUUUUGUGUUGCUGGAGCAGAUUUAAAAAUAAGAUUAUACACCAGUGACAUGAAUGAUAAUACUGUAUGUGAGAUGGAAGGGCACAAGGAUUAUAUAAAUUCAAUUUGUUAUGAAACUGAUGGUGGAAUAUUAGCUUCUGUGUCUGAUGAUCAUACUUGUAAACUUUGGGCUGUAGAAGAAAAUGAAAAAUGUAUAUCUACAUUUUAUUUAACAUCUCCUGGAAUGAGUGUAUGUUGUCUUUCUGAAAAACCUGGUAAACUACUUGUUGGAGAAAAAAAUGGAUUGAUUCACAUGUAUGGUAUACGAAGUCAGCAAGCAAUUAUGUCUUUAGAUACAAAUAUUAUUCCCUUAAUGUCAAUUGACUGGAAAUCCAAUCCAUUAAAAGUUGCAGCUAUGGCAGCUGGAAAACUAAUUUUAUGGGACAUAUCCAAACCUAGUCCACCAUUAGAAUCAAAACCUCUUCACAUUGAAGGAGGUUCAAUAGUAAGGUUUUUACCUGCUUAUGAAAAUUUUGUAGUAACCAUAGGAAGGCCAGACAAUUUAUUGAAGGUCACAAAUAUAAGAACUGAACAAGAAAUCAUUUGUGGUCAAGUAAAAUUAAUAGGUGGAAUAACUUGUCAUUAUAAAUUACCUUAUGUUUGCGCAACAAGUGAUAGAGAAAUUCGUUUUUGGAAAAUAAGUUCAAAUUAA